AUGUCUGUCAAUAUUCCCAACACGGCCGAAAUGGCACAAGGCAUGCAGAAUGCACCCCCUAUGUCGGACAGUUAUCAGCUGCAGCAGAUGAUGGCCAACACCACUUCUGCUCCCCAGCUGCAGCAGAUGAUGGCCAACACCACUUCUACUCCCCAGCUGCAGCAGAUGAUGGCCAACACCACUUCUGCUCCCCAGCUGCAGCAGAUGAUGGCCAACACCACUUCUGCUCCCCAGCUGCAGCAGAUGAUGGCCAACACCACUUCUGCUCCCCAGAAUCUCAACUUUGUUUCUACUUUCCCCCCUCUGGCUACUAGCCCCCAGAUGUGGAACCCGGCCUUCUUCCCCGUGGCGAUGAACAGCAUGUAUGGGGUGGGAGACGCUUAUGGCUGUAUUGAUCCCCUCGCGGCCAACGGACAAGCAUCCUUUAUGGAUGGCGCGCCCAAUGCAGUCUAUGGCCAAUUCCAAGCUCCGUUCAUGGAGACUGAGCUGCAGACUCCCUCUUUGGGCCUCAACGCUGCUGCUGCCUUCAUCCCUGUCGCUUCACAGCACCAGAUGGGCAUGACGCCGACCCCUUUUGAGAUGGGCAUACCGGCCCGUUUUGAGAUGGGCAUGACGGCCCCUUUUGAGAUGGGCAUGCCGGCCCGUUUUGAGAUGGGCAUGCCGGCCCGUUUUGAGAUGGCCUCACGAACGAGUCAGCCCAAGCCCAAGCCCAAGCCUGCUGCUAGAAAACCCAAACAGAAGCGAGCUACCAAGAGCACUCGUGCAGCCAAGCCUCGCAACCGCAGCAACAGCAACAGCAACAACGCCUUAGCGGACAUGCCUGGUAUGGACAAGCUGGUGAAUCGUCUCGGUGACGUUGCCCACGGCGCAACACUUCCACCAGACGUUUCUAGGAACGUCGAUAUGACACCCCGACCUCAGCCAAAACACCAGGCCGCCGACUUUCUUAACGACCCUCCUGCCGUUCAAAUUGCCCACCAGCCUGUCCAUCAGCCUCCCCGACUGCCCUCCGCUUCUGCAGAGGAGUUCAUACCCUUGGUCGCGCCUGCGGAAGUCUCGUCUGAGGAGCACACAAACCCUCAGUCGAAUGCAUCUGGUCAACAAGCCCCCCCUUUGACCAAGAACGAGAAGUAUCUUCUCCAAGCUGAGCGAGAUGGCAUCAUCCCCCCUCCCAGUAAGCGCCGCGUCGUUCGAGUUGAGCGUAAUGAUCCUCGUCUGCAACGCGACGAAAACGGAGAGCCUAUAACUCCUCCUUCUGACAGGUACUCCAGUGAGUCUUUUCAUGCUUCUUCAUCGUUGCCCGCUGAUCCUAACGAGCCAGUUUUCUAUGUUGCACCUCCUGAUGAACAUGAGAAGGGAUUCAACAACGAUUUGAUUGACCACAUGAUGGGGGUGUUUCAGAAUGAAAAGGAAGCUGCCAACCGGGACAGCACAACUCUCAAGAUCGGUGCUCCCUCCGAAGUUGGCGAUUCUUGCGGUCCUCUUACUUUCCAAUCUGCCCUUGAGACUAUCUACAACGAUACAGCUGAUUGCGACAAUUCCCUGGUUGAAGCUACCUUGGCCGAGCCCGCUGAGCCUCAACAGGACCAGCAAAUGCGCAAAGUCUCGGAUGGUUUGUCUCAAGAUCUUAUGGAGCAGCCCCUUCCUGUCACUGCCGAAGAGAAUGAGGAGUUUGGGCGGCUGUUUGAGGCGCUGCAAGCAUACAACCACCAGGACGAAUACAACAGCUCGGCAUUGCUUGGUGCAUCUGAGUCAUCUACAACCAGCCCAGCCUCUACUGAGACUCACAUCGGCGCGUACGAGACCCCCGAGUCAGAGCUCGCCAGCGGAAGCUCCUCCGACAAGUCCUCCUCUGGCGUGGAAGAUCUGUCGGACCUGUCUACUGACACAACCAUUACCACUACUGCUACUACUGCUACUACUACCGGCGGCGCCCAAAAGCGCAAGGUGACGGAGGAUGACAUUGCUGUGGCAAACAAGAAGGCUCGUACUGAAUUCUAG